GUGUCAUCAGGACAGCCCUAUCCAACAUGGACAGAGAGGCCAGGGAGCGCUACUCUGUGGUGGUCCAAGCCAAAGACAUGGCCGGCUCGGUGGGUGGGUUGUCAGGCUCCACCACCGUCAAUGUCACUCUGACAGACGUCAACGACAAUCCUCCCAAAUUCCCCCAGAGUAUGUACACAGACGUCUGUUUGUUCGUUUUUCUACCUCAAUAUUUGUCCUUACAUAUUGAUUCUCUACUGUAAUAAAACAUAGGAUUUAAACAGCACUAUAUCGAACACUAUAUAGGUUUUAAAACACUAAGAUGUUUGUACUGUAAGUAAUGCACCAUAGAAAUUGAAUCUUAGAAUCAGUGAUUCUAUUUCUGUGUACUGCACAGCCAAAUGUUACUUUUAAAUAAAACUCCCCAAGUUGUAGCUUUAUAGUAGAUGUUUGUUAAUGCAGGGGUGGCUGUAAGUGAUACAAACAUGAUGUAUGAUGUAGUGUGCAGAUGAUUGUUGAAUUGCAAGCAGACAGGAAAUGUGAUUAAUUGACCCAUUUAUUCACAUCUACAUCUAGCUGGUAUGCAUGAACAGUAGGCUAAUUACUCCUCCAUCUUGUCAUAAAUGCUAUAUCAUUCAUGCCAAGAUAAUAACUUAUUGCUUAUUCAUGUGCUCAUCCCAUUACAGAAAACUACCAGCUGUACGUUCCAGAGUCUGCUCAGAUUGGAAAAGCUGUGGGUAAAAUCAAAGCCACUGAUGAAGAUUUGGGUGUCAAUGCAGAGAUUAGGUACAGCAUAACCAAUGCAGAGGGGAAGGCCAUGUUCUCCAUCACUGCAGACACUGACCAGAAGGAAGGCAUCAUAUCACUAAGACAGGUACUGUUGAGAUGCACACAUUCAUUUUCCAGUGAAAAUAAAACCAUCUGUGGUUGUGCUUUAUGUUACAGUUCUCUUGGUGUUUACUGAGAAACCACAAGGUAAUAUGGUAAUUACUGUAUACAUAAUAAUUACCUAAUAAAUAUGCUUUUUAUUUAUUUGGGAUGAAUUAAAAGAAGUAGUACCAUUACGUACCAUUAGGCCACACUAGCGCUAAUUGUGUUAAUACUAUGAGUAAGUACUCAUUGUUACCACAUAGGCUGUUCUCUCAAAUACCAAUGGAAGCAGGACUGUAAAGAAAAGCAAGGCUUUGAAAAGGGAUUGAUUGUCGGUUUCCUCCGCAGCCUUUGAACUAUGAGAAGAGGAAAGUCCACACGCUUCACAUAGAGGGAGUGAACACUCACCUGGACCCACGCUUCUCCCACCUGGGCCCCUUCAAAGAUACCACCACUCUCCGGAUCAUCAUCGGAGACGUAGACGAGCCACCUGUCUUCUCCAUGGACUAUUACAUCAUGGACGUGUACGAGAACUCCCCUGUGGGAACAGAGGUCGGCACAGUGACGGCUCAGGACCCUGACAGUACCAAAAGCCCUGUAAGGUAUGGGAUAUGCAAGGGGCGGCCAUUUUGUUGGACUCCAAAACGCCAUCACAAGAUUCAAAGCUUCUACCUUUCCAUGUUGAAAGUCAGAUGGUUUUUUGAAUGAUAGAUUAAACAGCAUCAUUUCAUUUUCAAUUCAAUUCAAUUCAAACUUUAUUUUAUUCAUUCUAUUUUAGUUGUUCCCUCUCCUACAUGUAGGUAUUUUAUAGACCACAGUGAAGAGGAGCAAGUGUAUUUCACCAUUGGUGUGAAUAACGGGGGGAUUAAGACCACCCGGAGUCUGGACAGAGAGGAUGUGGCCUGGCACAACAUCACUGUGAUGGCAUCAGAGGUUGGUAAGUAACAUCUGACACAGCGGAGGAUCCUUAUCUAGGAAUCAUCUUACCUUAUUAUCAUUUUGCUUUUAAAUAAUGAUGACUUUAUUAUGACUUUCAACAUGGAGGAUAAUAUAUGCUCAUGACACUGCAUGAAUACAUUAACGAUGUCACUUUAAUCAUAUGUAUCAACAUUAAACACAUGGCUCUUGAAAAUAAACAGCCAGCAGUGCCUUGUGGGAUUGAUGCGGGGCUGCGUGUGUAACAUCAUAGUGUGAUGCUGAAGGUGGUCGAGUCAAUCAAUUCUUCUUCUCCCUCUCUUUCUCCACUGAUGCUUAUCUAAGCAAUUACUCUUUCCUUUACCCUUUUCUGCAUAAUAGUGUUCAGCUAAUGGACUGAACUAGCCAUCGAUAAAUGUCAGCUAACGCUGCGCUGAUUGUGUUACGUCACCUUAAUUAAUGGGAAAACCAGUCCGCACCUUUCCGGAGACUGGUGUAUGUUAAUGAGGGAUUCAUGACUUACAUAAACACUAUACAUAUAGUGCAUAGUGUAUAUUAGCAAAGUGUCACUUGUAAUGUCCUGUGUGCUAGCUAUAUGUAUAUUAAGUGAGACAAACUACUGUGCAACCACACAGCAUGUUUCUGUUCCAUUCUGCCUACUGCUGUAGCUUGGGGUUAGUACGUCUCCUGUCCCGACUCUAGAUGUUGGUUGGUGGUCGUUGUGGCUGUAAUUUAUGGAUGCGUGAAAUGGGAAAAUAUGAUUUAUGUAUCCCACGUUUAAUAGGAACAUGAUUUCUCUGUGGAGCCUCAGGGAGUGAAAUGUGCUGCCAGGCAGCAGGAGUUUAGUUGAGUGACCGGGUCACCUUUCGAAGGGAAUUUACACUUCACCUGGCAACAUGGCCAACCUCAGGAGACAGACAAACACAAGAUAUGCAAAUGAGGGAAGGCUCAGUGGGGAUGUGACCUUAAUUGAUGGAGAGAUGCUCUGAGAAAAAAAGGAUGUAGAGUACAUAACAUGCACUAUAAGUGCAAGGCAUGAACCCUGGACAGAAAAAUAUACAGUGGGGGAAAAAAGUAUUUAGUCAGCCACCAAUUGUGCAAGUUCUCCCACUUAAAAAGAUGAGAGAGGCCUGUAAUUUUCAUCAUAGGUACACGUCAACUAUGACAGACAAAAUGAGAAUUUUUUUCUCCAGAAAAUCACAUUGUAGGAUUUUUAAUGAAUUUAUUUGCAAAUUAUGGUGGAAAAUAAGUAUUUGGUCAAUAACAAAAGUUUCUCAAUACUUUGUUAUAUACCCUUUGUUGGCAAUGACACAGGUCAAACGUUUUCUGUAAGUCUUCACAAGGUUUUCACACACUGUUGCUGGUAUUUUGGCCCAUUCCUCCAUGCAGAUCUCCUCUAGAGCAGUGAUGUUUUGGGGCUGUCGCUGGGCAACACGGACUUUCAACUCCCUCCAAAGAUUUUCUAUGGGGUUGAGAUCUGGAGACUGGCUAGGCCACUCCAGGACCUUGAAAUGCUUCUUACGAAGCCACUCCUUCGUUGCCUGGGCGGUGUGUUUGGGAUCAUUGUCAUGCUGAAAGACCCAGCCACGUUUCAUCUUCAAUGCCCUUGCUGAUGGAAGGAGGUUUUCACUCAAAAUCUCACGAUACAUGGCCCCAUUCAUUCUUUCCUUUACACGGAUCAGUCGUCCUGGUCCAUUUGCAGAAAAACAGACCCAAAGCAUGAUGUUUCCACCCCCAUGCUUCACAGUAGGGGGUAUGGUGUUCUUUGGAUGCAACUCAGCAUUCUUUGUCCUCCAAACACGACGAGUUGAGUUUUUACCAAAAAGUUAUAUUUUGGUUUCAUCUGACCAUAUGACAUUCUCCCAAUCCUCUUCUGGAUCAUCCAAAUGCACUCUAGCAAACUUCAGACGGGCCUGGACAUGUACUGGCUUAAGCAGGGGGACACGUCUGGCACUGCAGGAUUUGAGUCCCUGGCGGCGUAGUGUGUUACUGAUGGUAGGCUUUGUUACUUUGGUCCCAGCUCUCUGCAGGUCAUUCACUAGGUCCCCCCGUGUGGUUCUGGGAUUUUUGCUCACCGUUCUUGUGAUCAUUUUGACCCCACGGGGUGAGAUCUUGCGUGGAGCCCCAGAUCGAGGGAGAUUAUCAGUGGUCUUGUAUGUCUUCCAUUUCCAAAUAAUUGCUCCCACAGUUGAUCUCUUCAAACCAAGCUGCUUACCUAUUGCAGAUUCAGUCUUCCCAGCCUGGUGCAGGUCUACAAUUUUGUUCCGGGUGUCCUUUGACAGCUCUUUGGUCUUGGCCAUAGUGGAGUUUGGAGUGUGACUGUUUGAGGUUGUGGACAGGUGUCUUUUAUACUGAUAACAAGUUCAAACAGGUGCCAUUAAUACAGGUAACGAGUGGAGGACAGAGGAGCCUCUUAAAGAAGAAGUUACAGGUCUGUGAGAGCCAGAAAUCUUGCUUGUUUGUAGGUGACCAAAUACUUAUUUUCCACCAUCAUUUGCAAAUAAAUUCAUUAAAAAUCCUACAAUGUGAUUUUCUGCAUUUUUUUCUUCUAAAUUUGUCUGUCAUAGUUGACGUGUACCUAUGGUGAAAAUUACAGGCCUCUCUCAUCUUUUUAAGUGGGAGAACUUGCACAAUUGGUGGCUGACUAAAUACUUUUUCCCCCCCACUGUAUAGGCCUAUAACAAUGUCUUGAAAAUGCCAUGCCAUUGCUUGGGACAUUUUUUAUUUAUUUUUACAUUUGUUUAUUUUUAUUUUUGCUGGACCCCAGCAAAAAUUAAGGUAGUAAUUUACAUAGGGGGUUAAAAUAUGUGUUUAGUGUUUUAGUGUUUUGCAUAGAGAUACAAUAUAAAAGUGUUAUAUUUAAUUCCAUGGUUUUAUGCAUGUUGAUCUUUGUUUGUUUGUUAUUUUCAGACAAUCCCAGUCUCGUCAGCCAUGUUCCUGUAACAAUCCAGGUGUUGGAUGUAAAUGACAAUGCUCCCUACAUAGCAAGAGACAAUGAAAUCAUUGUGUGUGAAAGCUCCAGGGCAGGACAGGUGAGUAUCUUUCACUUUCACCUCCCUCCCUCUUUCCUGCUCUUUUCCACUUCAUUCCCUCUCUCUCCCACCUUCUCUCCCAUUAGCUCAUAUUCUCCUUAUUCAACUAUGUUGUCUUUUAAAACCUCUUAUCAAGCACACACAUGCAUACACUCACACACAUUCUCGCACAGACACACACACACAUAUACACACAAACCCUCUCUGCCUUUAUUGUGUGUUUGACACCAUCAGGAAUGGAUUUAUCUGUGGUGCUGCAGACCUUUGCAGCCUCUUGAACCUAUAAAUUAUUCAGCAUGUACCAAUGUCUCCACAAGCAGAUAGGAGCUGCAUUAAGCGCAACAGAGCCGGAUUGCAGAAAAUGUUUAUCAUCGCUCAUUCAAAUUUGGCCCAUGUGCAGCAAAGCACGACUGCUCAGAUUCAUAUCGCAAUAGCAGUCUCUCUUCAUAUUUUCCCCAUUGAAUUAAGAUUACUAGACAGACUGCAGCAUAUAAUCAGUGAGCUGGCUAAAGGCAACAGAUGAUGCAUGCUAAGAUGAAAUGUCGAGGGGCUUUUUCAAACACUGCAACAAAUUACAGUAACUUCAAGUAACUUUCAGGGAAUUUGGCUUGAUUCAUAGUAAAUUAUGCUGUUAUGUUCAUCGAAAGGAAAUAAAUUAUAAUUUUGUUUAGAACUAGUUGUACAUGUUUUGUUAGGGAGGAUUACUGUAUGCUACCACAAGUUCAGGAAUGCUUCUCAUAGACUGACAAUGCUAUAGCACAGUAGAGUGUGUAGGUAGCCAGGUUAGAAGACACUAUAAUUGGUGUACUAUCCAUAUGAGAAUUUCUAACUCUCAGGUCAUCUGCCGGUAGAAGUCAACUUCCUUCAUUGAGCUGACAUUAUAUCAGGAACAGUGCUCUUGGAGUCAGGCCAUAUCCCCCACCUCUGAUAUACACUUCUGCCUGGAACAAGACUGCAUGUGAAAUACUGGCACAUGUCCUCAUGGAAAGGGAGGGAGGAAAAACACAUGUACCUAUAAUACAAUAAUAAUAAUUGUCAGUGACUUUCUUUACUUAUUCCCAUUAUAUGUAGCUCCUAAUACAUAUGUACUGUAGACUGUAUAAACAUACAUGUGACGUAAAACGUUUCUCACCCCCGUAUUCCUCUCCCUCUCGUCCUCUCACUCCUCUCCCUCUUCUCUGACAGUUGAUCCAGACAGUGAAGCCAUCAGACAUGGACAACUUUGCAAAUGGACGGUUCUCCUUUGCUCUGCCAACUGGUGUUCCAGUCAAUCCUAACUUCACCCUGAAGGAUAAUGAAGGUAGGCUGGUUACUGUGGUUUUCUGUGGUGAUUUAAAAAUGUACACAGCAUUUUGUUGAAUCGCCACAAGGGAUAUGUGUUGGGACAGAUAUUUGUGGCAGAUACUCUGGAGCGUCAUUACUAACACAAUCAUAUCUAGUGGUGUUUGUUGUCAAACAGUUAGCACCAUUUACACUUUCUCCUCCCUGGAGACGUUUUAAUAUCAAAUGGAAGGACCUGCAGUGGUGUUUCCUUGGUAACAGCCAUUGUUUUUUUUCUUUUUAGCUUAAGGCUCCUUGGCUGAAUUCAGAGAGAACACUGUUAUGUUCUUUUUUUCCUUGUCUGAAAACCCAAUUGCUCCUUUGGCAGAUCAGGGAGAAUCUCAAGAUCAAGGUAGACUUCCAAGAUGGAUCACAGCAAUCAGUAUGAUGCCAGACAGAGGAAGUGAGCUUCCACUGAGUUUUGUAUCAGUGCUCUGUGCUCUUGGUGGUGGUGUAGCCUAGUACUUGGCUUUUAUCUCCUUCCCAACUGGCUCUAUUUUCCCUCAGGCGCUUGUUCAGUGAAACCACAUUUCCACUGAUGUGUCAUGAGGCCUAUGUUUACACAUACAGGAGGACCAGGUAGUACUCCUCAGAUAGAGCUAAAAUGAACACUGCUGCUUCAGUGCACUGAUUGGGUGGAAGUAGGAUACAUUAGCUCCCUCUGGCUGUGUGGAAUCUUUGCCCUCAGAACAGCCUCAAUUUGACGGGGCAUGGACUCUACAAGGUGUCGAAAGUGUUCCACAAGGAUGCUGACUCCAAUGCUUCCCACAGUUGUGUCAAGUUGGCUGGAUGUCCUUUGGGUGGUGGACCAUUCUUGAUAGACACGGGAAACUGUUGAGCGUGAAAAACCCAGCAGGAUUGCAGUUCUUGACACAAACCGGUGCACCUGGCACCUACUACCAUACCCCAUUCAAAGGCACUUAAAUAUUUUGUCUUGCCAAUGUACCCUCUGAAUGGCAAACAUUCCCAAUCCAUGUCUCAACAGUCUCAAGGCAUAAAAAUACUUAUUUAACCUGUUUCCUCCCUUUCAUCUACACUGAUUGAUGUGGAUUUAACAAGAGACAUCGAUAAGGGAUCAUAGCUUUCACCUGGAUUUACCUGGUCAGUCUAUGUCAUGGAAAGGCCAUAUGUUCUCAGUCAGUGUGCUGUGGGACAAUCUGGAUGAUUUCCUGCUGUUCACCAGCUGAUAGACAUUAUUUAUUUAGCCAGAAAUUCCUUGUGAAUGCAGUAGAUUCUUACAGACAUACAGCAGCUUACUCUCCAGUGAGGAUGUGUUAAAGAGAUAGAUAAUAAUCUCUGAUUUCCUCUGCUGUAAUCAUAAUAAUUUAGAGGAAGAAAGAAUCUUGGAGGUGGCUUUAUAUUCUAUUGUCUCCCAAGUGGAGGAUGAAUGAAAGAUAUUGUCUCUUUCUUGUUUACCUGUUUCCUUGCAGUGGGCAAAGAGAUAAAGUAAUGAAUUUUGACUUGAAGCCAGUGGGCCAGGGCCCCUGCAUGCCAAUAGGAAUCCUAUGUAAAUGAAUGCUUCCUCCUAAGCACCUUCCCAUGGGCUCGCUCUGUUGGAAUACAUUUGUUGAUAUCCAGAAGGAUGCAAGGGUUGAACACCCCCCCCCCCCCCCCCCCCCCCCCACCACCACCCCUCCUCCUCCUCCCCCCACCUCUCUUCCCCUGUCUCUUACCAUCCCAAGUGACAUGCUUUAUCAUGGCUCUGUGCUCCUGGGGGAAAAUGAAUCUGCAUUGUGAAAAUGUGGGCCGUGAUUGUGCAUACAAAUGCGUGGCUCUGGGUCGUGAAAAUUGAAAAUCUGCUGGAGCCUCUUCAGAAUGAGAAAUGCUGUCGCAGCAGCUGUGCUGGCCUGGAUAGAGUACUUUUGGCAAGUGUUAAUAAAGCCUGAAGAGGCACUCGCUAUCUGUUCCCAGUCCUUUCUUAUAGAUAGCAGCAGGAAUAAGUGGAGAACAAUGGGCAUCCUCUGCAAUGUUGGAGAACACUCCUCAUACCUCAGGGAAAGGUUGUGCUGUUUUUCUGUGUUCUUCUGUUCUCUGUGGUUGCCUAUGUGAUUUCAGGGGUAAAAACAGGUCAGGGCCAGUUCUUUAUAUUUUGGGAAAGGAUAUCAAAGGAUAACCUAAAUAAAUAAACAUUUAUAUAAUAUACACUGAGUAUACCAAACAUUAGGAACACCUCCUAAUAUUGAGUUGCACCCCCUUUUGCCCUCAGAACAGCCUCAAUUUGUCAGGGCAUGAACUCUACAAGGUGUCGAAAGCGUUCCACAAGGAUGCUGACCCAUGUUGACAAUGCUUCCCACAGUUGUGUCAAAAAGAUGGCUGGAUACACACAGGAAACUGUUGAGUUCUUGACACAAACCGGUGUGCCUGGUACCUACUACCAUACCCUGUUCAAAGGCACUUACAUUUUUUUUGUCUUACCCACUCACUCUCUGAAUGGCACACAUACACAAUCCAUGUCUCAAUUGUCUUAAAACUUAAAAAUCCUUCUUUAACCUGUCUCCUCCCCUUCAUCUACACUGAUUGAAGUGGAUUUAACAAGUGAAAUCAAUAAGGGAUCAUAGCUUUCACCUGAAUUGACAUAUAUUCUAUGUCAUGGAAAGAGCAUAUGUUCUUAAUGUUUUGUAUACUCAGUGUGGAAUAGGAAUGUGUCAUAUUACCCAAUUUCUUUAAUAAAUCUAAAGAAAAUGUGUGCUCCGUUUGUGUUGUGCUUUGGCUUUAAUGGAAAAAUACACUGCAUUUUGGGUAAUGUCUGUAUCAAGUCUUAUAGUGGCUUUUUGUCAACAUAAUACAUCCAGUGUAUUUUCAACCUCUUGUCAUUCCACUCCAGACAACACUGCCAGCAUCGUGGCACGGAGGCGUCAGUUCAGCCAGGCGGAGCAGGAUCUCUACCAGCUUCCUGUGGUUGUCAGGGAUGGAGGGGAGCCCGUCCUGAGCAGCACCUCCACCCUGACCCUCCGGGUGUGUGUCUGCCAGAGAGGAGGUGGCAGCAGUAGCAGCAGCAACAGGGUGAGGGCCUGCCAAGUCCCAGCCUUCCUCUCCACAGCAGGCCUGAGCACCGGGGCCUUUAUCGCCAUUCUGCUCUGCAUCAUCAUCCUGCUGGGUAAGAGACAAGUGAAGUGGAAGGAGGGGGGAGGUAGUGGCCACGUGGAGGAGAGAAGUUGGGAGAGAAGGGGGAGAGAGAAAGAGAGGGAGGGAGGGAAAGCUGGAGGAGUACCUCUGGCUGAUUUGUUUCCAGCAGUAAAAGGCCACAAGUCCACCCUCAAAUCACUUUGCAGGUCAUUGCCAUCAGAGAAUCAGGUGUGUGUUUUGAACCUUUAGACUGGUGUAGUGUAAUGACAUAUUGUAAGUCGCUGUGGUCAGUGGUGGAAAAAGUACUCAAUUGUCAUACUUGAGUAAAAGUAAAGAUACCUUAAAAGAAAAUGACUCAAGUACUUGAGUAAAAGUCUAAAAGUAUUUGGUUUUAAAUAUACUUAAGUAUCAAAAGUAAAAGUAAAAGUAUAAACCAUUUCAAAUUCCUUAUUUUAAGCAAACCAGACAGCACAAAUACCCAGGGGAACAUUCCAUCACUCAGACAUAAUUUACAAACGAAGCAUUUGUGUUUAGUGAGUCUACCAGAUCAGAGGCAGUAGGGAUGACCAGGGAUGUUCUCUUGAUGAGUGUGUGAAUUGGACCAUUUUCCUGUCAAAAUGUAACGUGUACUUUUGGGUGUCAGGGAAAUGUAUGGGGAAAAAAGUACAUUAUUUUCUUUAGGAAUGUAGUGAUGUAAAAGUUGGCACAAAUAUGAAUAGUAAAGUAAAGUACAAAUACCCGAAAAAACUACUUAAGUAGAACUUUAAAGUAUUUUUACUUAAUUACUUUGCACCACUGGCUGUGGUCUUGUCCCCUCUCCUCUGACAUGUCCUGUACUGUAGCCAUCGUGGUGCUAUUUGUCCUCCUGCGGAGCAAAAAGGGCAAGAAGGAGCCGUUGAUCAUCUCUGAGGAGGACAUCCGGGAGAACGUGGUCACCUACGACGACGAGGGCGGGGGCGAGGAGGACACGGAGGCAUUUGACAUUGCAGCGCUGCGGAACCCCGCCGGGGCAGAACAGAGGAGGCUGCGGCGGGAGGUAAGGUCUGGGACGGAGGGGUGGCUGGUGGCCUGCGGGCCCCGGAGCCCGUCCCUCGUGCUGCUGGAUACAGAGGACAUGCACCACGUCAUCAGACAGAGAGUGGUGGACGCUGACAAAGACACCAGCGGGCCGCCCUAUGACUCCCUCCAGACGUACGCGUAUGAGGGCUGCGGCUCUGCCACAGGGUCGGUCAGCUCUCUGGGGCUGGCCCAGGUCCUGCCCCCUGAACCCAGCUACAGUGACCUGGAGGACUGGGAGCUGGAGGGCCACAUGCAGGCCAGACUGUUUGGGACAGAACUCUCUGAGACAGAACAGACCAUAACCCCC